UGAGGGCAGAGUGACAGGCGCGCUAGGGUCCAUUACGGCUGCGCGCAGUUGCAUUUCCGUCCCCGCCCCACAGGACCUACGGCGCAACCUGUCAUGGCGGCUGGGCUCUUAGGGUUGUGCGCUCGUCGCCUUUUGGCAGCAGCGGCGACGCGUGGGCCCCGGGCUGCCAGCGUUCGCUGGGAAUCCAGCUCCUCCAGGGCUGUGGUCACUCCGAUCACUGUGGCCAGAAAGCGGGCGCCAGAACCGGCCGCACAAUGGCAGGAGGACCCAGAACCCGAGGAAGAAAACUUAUAUGAGAAGAACCCAGACUCUCAUGGUUUCGAUGAGGAUCCUGUCAUAGAUGUCUGGAACAUGCGAGUUGUCUUCUUCUUUGGCUUCUCCAUUGUUAUCGUCUUUGGCACUACCUUUGUGGCUUACAUGCCUGACUUUAGGAUGCAGGAGUGGGCCCGCCGAGAAGCCGAGAGGCUUGUGAAAUACCGAGAGGCCAAUGGGCUCCCCAUCAUGGAAUCCAACUGCUUCGACCCCAGCAAGAUCCAGCUGCCAGAUGAUGACUGACCAGUGUGGACCUCAAAAAGAGCCACCUUCUCCACUCCCUGCCUGCCAUUCUGCCCUCUCCUCAGGGCACAUAAUUAAAGGGAUUGAACAAUC